GUACGCGUGCUGCAGCUCGUACUGAAUAGUAGCGACAAACGAAAUACUUUGGUGUACGGCAGAGGUGCAGAGUUUGCUGGAAAUUUUGACGGACUACAGUAUCCAGGAACAACUAGAUGCAAAAUACAAGAAGUCCGAGAUAUCUGUUAAAAUACGGGGCUACCUUCUUAUAUGUGCAGCACGAUUCAAUUGUAUUCGCUUAGUUGCUUACUGGAUAAAUCUGAGGGCUGUGUGUCAAUGCACGCAAGACAACCCCAGAUAAGUCGCAAAAUAAGGACAAUCAGGAUAUUCUGUGCAGUAGUGCUGUUCUUCAACACAAAAGACAACGCAUGAAACAGAAAAGCACAACACAGAAAGUAGCACGGUGAUAACGAAAGCGUGUUCAGGCCUGAAACUUUAAGUGCAAUGUGUGCGCUGAUCUGAGAGGCAGUCAUACUAAGCCACAAAAAUAGCUGUGAGUUACAUGAAUGACACAGGAAACCAAGCAAACUGACUUAAAUUUUUAAAAUAUUCCCCCUGCACUUGCAUGUUCGCCCCAUGUCGGUGUGGGGUUUUCUCUGGGUUCUCCUGUUUCACCCCACAGUCCAAAAACAUGCUGAGAAACGACAGAGACAGUGAAGGUACAGAGGAUGAGGAAGUGAGUGUCAGUCUCCACAGAUCUUGGCUCAGUGACACACACACGUAUGGAUCCUCUGAUGCUCCUGUUUCUUCUCAUUGCUGGGCUCACAGGUCCUCCAGGGCUGUCAGUGGACAAACAGGAGGUGACGGGUGUGGAUGGAGACAGUGUCAGUGUUCAGUGUUACUAUGGAAACAACAGAAGACAUAGGAUGUGGUGUAAGAUUGGGGGCUCCUGUGCAUCAGAGAGAUCAGUGAGUUUGGAUGGGAGGCCUGUCCUGAUCAGGGAUGACACAGUAAAUAAAGUCCUCAGUGUGACAAUGAGUGGGCUGGAGAGGAAGGACACUGGCUGGUAUUGGUGUGCUGCUGGAAUCCUGCAGAUCCCAGUUCAUAUUACUGUUAAACGUGUGUCCACACUGAGACGAGUGUCUGUACAGAGAGGAGGAUCUGUCACCAUCUCAUGUUUAUAUGGUGACAGAUAUAAAACUCAUGUGAAAUACUGGUGCAGAGGGUAUAAUGUGAGUUCAUGUACACCCAUAGUACACACUGACUCUCCACAGGAGGGUAAAGUGUCAGUCAGAGAUGAUCCUGACCAGCGAGUCUUCACUGUGACCAUCAACAAUCUGACAGCUGAGGACUCUGAUAGGUACUGGUGUGGUGUGAAGCAUAGUGGAGCCUCAGAUGUUGGAGAUCGGGUUAACCUGUCAGUCAUUGAUGGUCCUCCAGGGCUGUCAGUGGAGAAACAGGAGGUGACGGGUGUGGAUGGAGACAGUGUCAGUGUUCAGUGUUACUAUGGAAACAACAGAAGACAUAGGAUGUGGUGUAAGAUUGGGGGCUGCUGUGCAUCAGAGAGAUCAGUGAGUUUGGAUGGGAGGCCUGUCCUGAUCAGGGAUGACACAGUAAAUAAACUCUUCAGUGUGACAAUGAGUGGGCUGGAGAGGAAGGACACUGGCUGGUAUUGGUGUGCUGCUGGAAUCCUGCAGAUCCCAGUUCAUAUUACUGUUAAACAAGGAGGGGAUAAUGAAAAACUGAGCUCUUUGGUCCAGCUGGCUCUGUAUGUAGGACUGAGCUUAUUGGUGCUGCUGUUGGUCAUCAUCAUCACAUGGAAAGUGCGGGACAAAUACAAGAAAAAUGUGGCUGGGGGCCAAAAUCUAGGAAGGACAGCACGGAAGGACGGCAGAUCUUUCGGACGCUCGGACCUGCGGAGAUGUAUGAAGACGCUGUUUUGCUCCUGGGUUCUCACUUCGCAGCUCCACAAAGUGUCAUCCUGUGGCAGAUUCUUUUUCGCCGAAGGCGACAGCAGCCGGAAAAGACAGAAGGCAGCAUACUAUCCAAAGAAGCCCCACAGCCAUCAGAUACUGCGAGGGGAGUUCGUCUUUCGAAGUUGGCUGAGUUCGACUGAGAGGCUGACACCUCGAAGUCAGGACCGGACUUCCCUUGCAGCAAGUAAAAAGUCAUUGCAGCUGUCCGUGUUGUUCUGUGUUCAGAGACAGGCUGCUCUUUCAUUGUAGGUUUGGAGGCACUAAGGUUGUCUGUCAGGUGGCUGAGGUGAGUAGAGUUGCACCACAUCUUUCAGUAGUUGCUCCAGGACCCUCCCAGGUAGGGCUCAGCCUGGCAAAUGGUCAGUGUUAGGAUGUACUCACAAUUGGCCUUGUACCAUGUCUGAGCAUGAUUGUCCCCCCCCCCUGCCCCACUUGUCUGCGGACACAUUGCGCUAAACGUUCCAGGCCUGAGCAUGAUUUCAUCAUCACCGUGCAAUGUUCAGACCCAUUGCCCAAAGUGUGUAAAAUCCCAGUCAUGCAGUUUGGUUUACAAUCAUUUGUGAAAUAAUGGGUUGUUCUGAAGAGCUCAGUGAAUUCUAGCCUGCUAUUGUCACGGGAUACCACCUUUGCAACAAGUCAGUUUGUGAAAUUCUUUUCCUACUAUAUAUUUCACAGUCACUUGUAAGUGGUUUUAUUGCAAAGUUAAAGUGUUUAGGAACAGAAACCCAGCCAGAAAGUGGCAGGCCAUGUGAAGUAACUAAGUGUGAAGUGCUAAGGUGCAUAUUGUGUAAAAAUUGCUAAUGCUUUGUCGACUCGAAACUUUAUAGUUCCAAACUUUCUCUGGCAUUAACUCCUGCACAAACACUGUGCACUGGGAGAUUCAGGGAAUGGGCUUCUAUGGCUGAGCAGCUUCAAGCAAGCCUCACAUCAUCAAACGCAAUGCCAAGAGUCGGAUGGAGUGGUGUAAAGCACACCACCACUGGACUGUGGAGCAGUGGAAACGUGUUAUGUGGAGUGACGAAUCAUGCACCUCUGUCUGGCAGUCGUAUGGAUGAGUCUGUAUUUCCUCUUCAACAAUUCGUCGACAGGUCCUGUGAUUAUUAGGUGAUCUGUGAUGUAGGAGAUCCUGAGAAUGGCUGCUGCUCCAAGGAUAAUUGGCAGGUGGCUUUUCCCAGGAACAGCGGGCUGGAGAUGUGUGGGAUCUGGAGUGAAGAUAGAAACAGAGGAAGGAAACAAGCACAUUUGGCAGACAGAUACUUGCAGGUAGACAGCCAAUAAGGAUUGUGUUAUGAAGAGACCUCAUCAUGUUGUGAAAGUAAGAGCUGGAAUUCCAAUGAGGUGUUUUAGGCAGAUGAGAGAAGAGUGGUUUCUGUGGUGAAAGUUACUCCCUUUGCUAUGUACUUUGCGUCUUAAGAAUUUACAGACUGUUUACAUGCACCUGAAGCCAUAAAACACACUAAUAGAAAGGGAAAAGCAUAAUAGGUCCCAUUUAGUGAGUAUUAUACCAGUUUCCAAUACAUUAUUAUAUGUAUAUUUAUUUUGAUGUUGACUAGAAGGUAUGUGAUAUCUUUCUCCCCUUACCCCUCAUCAGAUAAGUAAGAGCUGCUGUCAGCUGAGACAAGCUGGUGUGAUUAAUUUCAGUUCAACUCAAUUCAACAUUACUUCUGUCAUGCAUUUUCACAACAUUACAUUGUCUCAAAUCACUUUACCUUAUCCCCUGCCCAAAGCCCCCAGAGAGCAAACCAGUGGCAAGGAAAAACUCCUUAGAAGGAAGAAACCUUGGGAGGAACCAGACUCAAAGGGGAAGCCCAUCCUCCAAGUGCCGGCACAGGAAGUGAUAUGAGCAAAAUGUCAAGGUGGCAGCAAAGCACGUGUGAAGAAGAGGCCAUCAGCAGUACAAAGCACCGGCUGUACAGGUUCCCAGCAGACAAUCCAAACCUCCUUCAUUAACUGACUCUUAUGGUCUGACUAGACAGUCUGAGCAGAUCUGCGUGAAAGAGGCCUCACUGCAGUUAGCAUAACCAUUUAUUUUACAGCUCUUCUGUCUCAUUCUACUCCAUAAAGGUCACAUCCCCCCUUCCAGCUUCCUCUGAUGAUGGAGAUUCGUGCACAAAUAAGUGGCUACAGCCGUUUAUUUUUCUACUGAUUAAUCUAUCAGUUAUUUUAAUGAUUGGUCGAACAAUCUAAUCGAUUAAUUUUCCUGCAUAAAAUCACAUUGAGUGUUUAAGUUUAAUUUUGACAACAACAAACUGUAUGUCACUGCAGGGCUAUAGAGAAUAACUACUCCAAUAAUUACAUAGUGAUAUUGAAGAAAGACAUGUCAUCCACUAUGUCCACUAAUCAUAGCAGCCUUAAUGCAUACAUCAAAAAAAGGUGUGUAUAUACAAAAUGAUAUUUUAAUACGUAUUAUAUCUCUUUACGUGAUAAAGACCUAAAUAUAUAAGCUAUUUGCUUUAAAUAUGUGACUCAUGUUAGAGAAAAUGUAAGUAAACUAUGGGGACAGAAAAAUCACUGAAUAACAGGAAUGACUGACAUAUAGUGCCAAACAGAUAUGGUGCAAAGACAGAACUCAUAGUACAAAGUAAACGUAGUGCACUAUGUAGGGCAGGGGGUUCAUUAGUUUCAGGAGAAGGAGGCUACCACCUUGAAAGUAGGUGGCUACCAUUGUUUAGGGAAACUCGACAUGCAAACUCUGAGACAUGAGACGUAAACCAAUUUCAGGGGGUGGUAGGGGUCCUUCUGAGGAAAUUUUGAAAUGUAGACCCAUUAAUAGUCCCUUUUUCAGGCAUCUUAGAGGCCUCAUUCCACCAAAUUUUACUGACACAAACUCUGGGUUAUUUUUCAUCAUACAGUAGUAGUACUAAGUAGUAGUAGCAGUCUGUUACUGAGGACACCAAAUGUAUCUCAUUCUCAGAUUAUGUUGAUUAAUGAUUGAUGUACUGGUCAGUUGCAGUGCUCAAUUAUCAAGUAAUGGUUUCAUCAACAAGAUGUCAGCUUACCAGUGUCUGAAAUAAGACUUUUAACCAUUAACCAAUCAUUUAAAAAAGUAAAGUUAACGUGACAAAGGAAA